AAUCAACCAGACCACUUAGACCAACUCCAUAUAUACAGCAUGGCCCGUGUCCUCGACGGCCUCUCGCGCCUCGCCAUUCCUCUUGCGAUCGGCGCAGGACUCCUUCAGUCCUCGCUCUACGAUGUCAAGGGUGGAAACCGCGCCGUCAUUUUUGAUCGCCUCCAGGGAGUCCUCCCCGAUACCCGCGAAGAAGGCACACAUUUCCUCGUUCCAUGGCUUCAACGCGCCAUCAUCUACGAUGUCCGUACAAAGCCCCGCAACAUCUCAACUACGACGGGCUCCAAAGAUUUGCAAAUGGUCUCGUUGACGCUGCGUGUCCUUCACCGCCCCGAUGUCAAGAAUCUGCCGAAAAUCUAUCAGAAUCUCGGACCAGACUACGAUGAGCGUGUCUUGCCAUCCAUUGGUAAUGAGGUCCUCAAAUCGAUUGUUGCGCAGUUCGAUGCCGCUGAACUCAUCACACAGCGAGAAGUGGUGUCCUCACGUAUCCGUGAAGACCUCGUGAAGCGUGCAACAGAGUUCAACAUUCACCUCGAGGAUGUCUCCAUCACGCACAUGACGUUUGGCCGCGAAUUCACCAAGGCUGUCGAGCAAAAACAGAUUGCACAGCAAGAAGCAGAGCGUGCUCGAUUCACGGUUGAGAAGGCAGAGCAAGAACGGCAAGCUUCCGUUAUUCGUGCAGAGGGAGAAGCAGAGGCGGCAGAUAUGAUGUCCAAGGCGCUUGACAAGGCAGGAAAUGGUCUCUUGGAGAUUCGAAGGAUUGAAGCAUCAAGGGAAAUUGCAGCAACAUUGGCAGGAAGCCGGAAUGUCACCUUUGUGCCAGGCGGUGGCAGCAAUAUGCUUCUCAACCUUGGACAGCAGUAGGCUGCUUUGUGUAGCAGCUGGCUAUUGCCAGUGAGCCUAGAUACCUAGCUAGUUGCCGUACACCGUAACGACUUUCUCUCCUCAAACUUCAAAUUUGGUUUCUUUCUCUAGACCAACCCUCGCAGAUAAACGCCCAAGCUCAAGCUCAGCUUAUCAUGGCUACAGCUGCUCCUCGCAUCGUCAAGCAAGUCUUUGAUCAAUUCCCGCUGAAGCAACUUCCUCCGCUGUAUGCAGGACCUGCUCCUUCUAC